AUGGAGAACCAAGUUAUGUCUUCUGGAAGCUCUUCCGUGGUCCAACCCGAAAAAUGCAAUGACAUUAAUGUGGCUGUGGAGGAGUCCAGGGAGAAGGCAACGGAGAACAACAAUUCGGGACUAGGGUCUGAUCCUCAGGAAGUUAUGUCUGAAAGGAGGAUUGAGAACCCUAGUCGCGGAUAUAGUGCUGUCCGAACAGAAAACGGCAUCAUGCAGCAUUACACAUCAGAAACUAAUAAGAUCUUCACUUGUCGCUUUUGCAAUAAACGGUUCUCAGCCUCUCAAAGCCUAGGUGGUCACAUGAACGCGCACAAGAGGGAGCUACAAUGGGAAAGGAAGCGGAAGGAGAUGGAACAGAUGGAACAAGAGUUCCAUUUUCAGUGGAUGUUAAGUCAAUAUUCACAAGGUGAUUUAUCAAAUGAUAAUAAUCUUGGGAACAUUUCUGAACCUUUCAAACGCAUAUGUACCGGCCUUUACCCAUCUUUCAAUAGCGGACUCAUGGACAUGAAUAUGACCGUGGUUCCUCGCAUGGCUCCUACUGGCUUCUUCUCAGGGAACACUUUCACUAACGGUUUCUUUUCAGGGGGACUUGAGCCAAUGCCCUCCUACAACAACUAUCCCCCGAUGCUCCCUAGAAACGUUCCUCCUUUUCCUCCACAUAGGACUACCAAUCUUCCUAGCUAUUGGUAUCCGCAAGAGAAUGUAUUGAACGAGGAGGAUGUCAUCUUAAAGCUAGGAAAUGACAAUAUUGUGGAGAUUGAUGAUGAUGAUGAUGACGACGAUGCUGUUGAUCAGCCAGAAGAAGGGACUUCUAAGAGCUGGGGCGCUGAUCUAUCCCUUUAAGUAUUGUUUAGUUUUCAUUUUGAGGUAUCAUAUCUAUUAGAGACCUAUCUAUCAUAUGUAUCUAUGGAUGUUGUUUUUCUCUUUUUAAAUUUUAUGGUAUUCAAUUUUAUAUAUUCCUUUGGAUGUAACAUCUCUUCUUCUUUGUUGAAUUGCUUUUUUAAAUCAAUUUAUGAUUCCUAUUUUCUGCCAUCUAUAUAUCAGGAGUCUUUUUAUCAUUUCGGCUGUUGUCAAAAUCCUUGGUUUAAAUCAAUUUAUGAUUCCCUUGAUUACAAACCUUUCGAUCAGAACUAUUUAUCCACAUACUUAAAUUUCUUAAUUAAGUUAGUCGAGUUGAUAUUUUAAUGUUGAUUUAAAGAGAGUGCGUGAAGAAAAUUGAGUUUCAUGAUACAUCAUCUAUCAUCUAUCUUAUAAAAGUAAAAGUAUCUUUAGUAUUUGUUUGGAAACAUGGAUAGUGGUAAAUAAAUAAAUAUAAUGCUGUUUAGAAACAUUGAUAGCAGUAAAUUAGAAAAAUAAGUAAUGGGCUUAUGCUAUUAAAAAAAUUGAAAGUCCAUUACAUUAUAUUAAAAAGUAAUGGACUUAUAUUAUUUGAUAUACAUAUUCAAAUCAAAACAAUAAUUUAAAAUUAAUUUAUAUCAAAAAAUUAUUCAAAAUCUACAUAUAUUCAAAAAUUGAUUUUUACUAACAUAUUUUCCAA